AUCUUUCUAGAUGACCAGCUAUGAAGAAAAACAGUAUUGACUUAGUGGAAGUCACAGCUUGCCUUUGACCAUUGCUUUCAUUGCAAUACAUAAAAAUGGCAUCCAGGAUGUCAAGGUAUACUGGAAGGACUUAUGGGCGAAAGCAGCACCAGCAUCACCAGCAGCCGCCUGUGGGCACUAGCAGUCUCCAAUUUGAUGCCCUGCUCUCGGACAAGAAGAAGCCGACGACUGCCUCCAAGACGGCUGGCACCCUUGGGAAAUGGGGCAAUAUAUCUUGCACGUCCAUACGAAGUGCCAAGUUGAAUGGUCGGAAUGGGGAUCCAUUAGAUGAGGUAGAAAUCCCAAGUCCCUCAAAGGACCCAUUCCUCUUCCAGUCUUCCUCGCCUGAUGUCAUGUCCAAGAAACAAGCACCCACCAAAAGGAAGUUCUUCAAGAGUCGUGUCGGCAAUGUUCAAGCAGAUAUCAACAGCCUGGCUGAGAAGGCUUCCAACGAGUGUCCAAUCAAGAAGACGAAAGCUGAGGCUGUUGAGGAACCAGCAGCAAAGGAAGAUGAUGGUGAUGUGCGAUGGAACUGUCGUCCUUCCCGCACCAGCCCCCUCCGCAUUGUCAUGAAGAAGUUCUUUGACUCACCUGCAAAUAUCCCUCCACCUUUGAAUGAUGAACAUGUAGAAAAUUCUGGUUUAAAAACUGAUAGUGAAAUUGUACCCUCCUCAAUGCCAAGUGUCUCAUCCCUGUUGAGCAGUCCAAUGGAGACUGUAGACAUAUCCUCUAGUCCUGAGUCUGACCAUGCAAGUGCCACUCAGGAUGAAGGUGUGACUGAACAAGUGACCUGUGUUGACACUCUUGACAUUAAGCAGGAUGCUGAGGCUGUAUUCCAUAAGCGGACAUCAGUGAUUACUAGGAGUGGGGCUGUUGCUCGUCAGAAAACGGUGAUAAAAGCUGAAGUAGACUUAUCUUCUGAUCUCGAUGCUUCCUCAGACAAGAUCACUGUCACAGAUUCAACUCAGGGAUCAUCAGUAGCAGAUUCUGUGAAGUCUGAGUCCCCACUUGUGAGAGAACUCAAGAAGGUCAGCAGUUUGUCACAGACACCAGAAAUGCCCUCAUCUCAGUCAUCUGGGAUAUCAUCCCAGUCCAGUGACGAAGCCAAGGACAAAGACAUGCCAAACACCAGAGCCAAGAAGAUCUUUAGUGGGAACAACAAGCCAAAGAGGAGUCUGUACAAGCACAAGUGGCAUGAUGAUGCCCUUGCAAAGCCCAAUCCUCUGGCCAGUGGGGCCCAGUCAAAGGUGAAGACGGAGGAAAAGUCUGGAUCAUUUGACUUUGAUGACAUUGUCCAGCCAGCCAAGCUGACCAAAGUCUCCACAUGGCCAACACAUAAUCGGAUCACUCCAUUCGGAGCUACCAGUGAACCUGAGGUCACCAAGGUUCGCUGUCCUAAGGAGGCCAAAGGGUUCUACACUGUGGUGAAGAAUGUCCAGAAGGCCCACCAGAUCCAGGAGUCAGGAGAAUUCCAAGAGUUCAAUGAUGAUGUUGAAUACAUACUCGAUGCACUCAAGGACACCAAUUCCAUUAGUACAAGGUGCCUGUCAGCAGUCACUUUGGCCUCAAAGUGCAUGAUGCCCGCAUUUCGCAUGCAUGUUCGGGCUCACAGCACAGUCACCAAGUUCUUUGCCACUCUCCAUGAUGCGCCAUCUGACCCGAGCCUGUCACUGUGCACAGCAACAGUGAUGUUCGUGUUGAGCCAGGACCGACUGAACAUGGACCUGGAUCGAGAGAGCUUGAAUCUGAUGCUGCAACUAGCAGACACCUCAGAUGGUUCAACACUGCGGCAUGUCAAGUGCGAUGAUAAAGACUUUGAGAAGAACAAAGCAAAGGUGCAGGAGCUGUGUGCUGACAUGCAGCGCAAGGGGCAUGCCACCCAUCUCAACCUUGAUGACCUCACAGCAAACCAGUUGGCUAUGGAGACUCUGCUGAGCCUCACUUCUCGCCGGGCCGGGGAAUGGUUCAAGGAGGAGUUGCGGGAGCUGAAUGGGUUGGAUCACAUCAUUGGAACACUGGCGGAGUGCACAGAGUAUCUCUUGGGACGUAGGGAGUCCCUCCUCUCCAAGGGGCAGGGUUCCUGGAGUGCCUGGACCUCUGAGGUCAUGGAGAAGCUUCACAAGGCUGACCGGUGCCUCCAGGUCCUCGAGAAUGUGACGUACCAGAAUGAGGACAACCAACGCUACCUCCUCCAGCAUCAGGGUGGGCUGCUCCUGAAGCUGUGCCUACGCCUCUUCCCAUUCUUUUGCUCAACCAUCAAGGUGCUUUCUGCGUCUCCUAUUGUUGACAAGACCAAGGUGGAUAGGAGUACCCCAUUUGGUGCCAAUCUAGAGGCUCUUCUUACUAUACUCAAGACCCUGCUUCAUCUCACGCAUGACUAUUCAAAGACUUCCACUGCAAGCCGUUCAGUGGCUGAGAGGCACCCAGAGCUGUUUAAAAUGACCCUGGAGUGCUUAGUGGAGUUGCCCAAGCAUCUUCCUGAAGAGAAGCAUCUAUUUGUUUACAUCUUGCCACUGGUCCUGUUGACGAAUAUGGUAGAGAGGUGUCUAGAAAACAGGGAUAGGCUUGCUGGGAAUGACCUUCAAAUGACUAUAAAUGGUAAGCAAAUAAGUAGCCUGAAGAUGCUCUGCGAGCUGUUCUGUGAGAAGGAGGCACGUGCAUCAGAAGCAGAAGCCAGCACGGAUAACCUGCUGGAUACCAAGGAAAAGGAGAGUAAGGAGAAGGCUUUGGUUGGCAAGAAGGAAGAGGUGGCCGACCUGGAGGAGUUUGUUGAGGAUUUGGUGCAUCGUGCAGGUCGGCACAUGGAGGAGGCAGUGGUGGCUGCACACACUGCGAUUCUCCUUGGCUACUGCAUCAUGGACAGUGAGGAGCGCGUUACAGAGGCUCGCCUCAUGCUGCCCAAGAAGUCCUUCGACCCUGUGGUCUCCGUCCUCGAGACAUAUUAUCAGUUUGUUAAGCUCAGUGUAAUGGUGGGAGCAGGCCUGAGCAGCAGUUGCCUUCAGGGCACAGAGGAAAUCCUCAAGUUCUUCAAAGGUGGCUGUAAAGUGGCAGCAAAGGAAGAGUCCGUUCCCCUAUCCCUCCCACCAAGCACGUCUGGGACUGUGACCCUCGACGACACCCUUCCGCUUCAGCUAGACAGCGACGACGACGACCAAGACGACUUCUUCUCCAUGUUCAAGUCCUCCAGUCGCUGACGACGGCGGCCAAACGAAACUGACGAGAACUUGACCGAGUACCUGAGUGCUCCUCCUGUGACAACUGGGACUUCAUCUCAAUGAGGCUCUUAUUUUCCCCCCUU